CACGAAUAAAAAAAUGUUUACGUCUUUGGUCUUCAAUUGGUUAUGUGUCAAAACUUAAGUAAAAUAUGCAUUAGUUUAUUUUAAAAUCUAGUUACUCAGUAGCUGAAAUAACAGUUUUUAAUUGGAAAAAUGUAGGAAAUCUUUGUGCUAGUUACUUCCCAAGGUUUGUCGCUAAAACAUUGCCAAGGCCCUUAACACUAAAUUGUUACUGUUCUCUUUUAAUAACCUAAAUUCAGAUUUAAUCUUUCACAUUUACUAUUGGCCGAAGAUAUUGUAUGUAUAAUAAUAGUGAUAUACAUAGUAAUAGUUCUUAUGAUAUUAAAAGUUGUUCUUGCAAUAUGAAUGAAGUUGAUGAUAAUAGUGUAAAUGGAAACAGACUAACAGAUGAAAAUGAUUCUGCAAAUGACCUACCACCCAAAGCUGAAUUUAUUAAAGAACUAUUUCCUGUUACCAAAGAUAAAGAAGAAAACAGUGUGUGUCUAUCUAAUCAUAGUGAAUAUGAUACUGAAAGAAAUAAAACAAGUAGUAUUAACUCUACUGGCAAGUUUCAUGAAACUGAAAUUCAUCAUGCAAUUAACCACAUACAAAAUGACAACGUUAACAAUAUGAAUAAAAUAAAUUCUGAAAUGGAAAAUAUAGAUCUAUUCAAAACAAGUGAGCAUGUUGACAUUGUAUUUACUUGUGGAGAUUCUAAGUAUAACGACAUUUCAGUUUCACCUGUAGACUUAAGAGCUGAUAAAACUUCCCAAAGCUCCAUAUCGGAUGAAAGCAUUUCAGAUAUAUCUUCGGAGAGUGUUAUUUCAGACUUUAAAGAAUCUGUACAUAUUGAACCAGAUUUUUGUAGAGAUGGAAUGAAUACUUUCCCAGAUGUUACUCUUCAAUUGGAACAAUGCAAACAAGAAAUAUCAGAACUUCAAAACGUCAUUGAAAGGUUAAAACGGGAAAAGGCUCACUUUGAGGUGGAAGCCUCUCACACAGUUUGCCACAGUCAGAUAGACCAACAGAGACGGGAGAUAGAUCUGUACAAGCAAGAACAUGAACUGGAUCUGCGAACUCAGACUACAAUGAAAUUGGAAAUCGAUACGCUUAGGAAACAGUUUGAGACAGCGAAUAAAGAAAAGGAAGCAACUGUCAUGCGGUACGCUGUCAGUGAGAUGGAGGUUAUAAACCAACGUAAAGAGCGGGAAAAUUUGGAGAAGAAGUACAAAGAAUGUUUAAAGGAAAAAGAAGGGCUGUCAUCAAAACUAAAAACUACCAUGAUUGAAAAAGCCCGAAUCAACCAACUUCUUGAUAACAAGUGUUCUGACUUGGCCAAUGCACAAAGAGAUGUUGAGAAGUUGAAAGAAGAACUAAAUGCAAGAGACAUUAAAAUCAGAUGGACCCAGAAUAAACUCAAAAUUGAAAUAGAGAACAACAAGGAGAGUGAGGCCCAGGUUGAAAAGCUGUCUGGUAAGAUAUUUGAAGCUCAAGAAGAGGUAGAGAAGGCCAAGAAAGAUGCAGAAAAUGCCAUCAAGCAGUUUCAGUCUUCUCAAGAAAAUAGAGCUUAUGUUUUGGGUAAGUCAUAAGUUUAUAUCAUAUUAUUGAUAUAAAAGUGUAAGAGAAUCAGUC